CCUUAUAAGAUUUAAUAUUAGUUAAAACUGUGUGUUGUAUAUAUAUCUGAUAUACUCUAAAUCUGUAAGCUUAGUUUAAUAUAAAUAGUAACUAUUAAAAUUAUAUUUAAUGAAAGAUUAAAUAACUUUCGAUAUUAGUUUUAUUGAUACAAAAUGGUGUUAAAUUUAAAACAGGUUACAACAUAUUGCCGCUGUCCCUUGUUUAAUACAACUGUGAGGUCUUAUGGCGUAUACGACCCACCGUACUUGAAGAAAAAAGAAACGACAAUAAAAGUCUACCCUCUUUUGAAUGUGCAAAUUCGGGGAUAUAAAUAUCCUUUACUUGAAAAUUACCAAAGUUUCAUCUAUAAGAUAGCGAAGAUAUUGAACGUUACUGUCGAAGACAGUUUUGCUUUCCCACAUAGAGAAUUUAAAAUAAAUAGAUAUAAAAAAGGAUCAUCUCUAACAGAUGCCGAGUAUAAUUUAAAGAUUUAUGAAAGAGAUGUGCAAAUAUCAAAUGUAACAUCUAUAAAAUGCCCUAUAUUUGUUAGGAUAUUAGAAGCAGCCUUGCCUGAAGGAGUUUCUUUAACUAUAGAUAAAUAUGAUCCUUUGAUACAAAAGAAACGCAUCAUACCAAAUAAGGAAUUAGUUGACUUGAAAGCUGCAUUAAGCGAAUUACUACAGAACAGGGGCAAAUAAUAUUUUAGUGUACAUAGAAGAAGAAAUAAAGUUUCGCUUUUAAUUCA